UAGAGGACAGCCCGCCUCGGACACACCAGCCGCUCGGAAGUACGUCUCGCAGCGCAAUGUUCGAGCCGACGGAUCAUCAGCACCGGCGCUACAAUCCGCUGAACGGGCAGUGGGUUCUCGUUAGUCCGCAUCGCAUGAAACGACCUUGGUCGGGUCAGGAGGAAACGCCACAGCGGAACGAUUUGCCGGAGUUCGACCCCACCAAUCCGCUCUGCCCGGGAGUGGUCCGCUCGAAUGGACUCAAAAACCCCAUCUACGAGUCGACGUUUGUGUUUACGAACGAUUUCCCGGCCCUGCUCGAGGGCGUGCCGGAACCGCCGGCAAGUGACGACCCACUGUUUCAGAUUGCCCCGGCCCAGGGCACCUGCCGGGUGAUGUGCUUCCACCCGAAGUCAAACAAAACGCUUCCCCUGAUGACGCCGAAGGAGAUACGGAACGUGAUCGACGCGUGGAUUGCGGAAUUCCGCUCGCUGGCGCAGCGCUACUGCUGGGUGCAGAUCUUCGAGAACAAGGGCGCCACGAUGGGCUGCUCGAAUCCGCAUCCGCACUGUCAGAUAUGGGCCUGCUCGUUCCUACCGAACGAGCCGCAGGUUAAGGACGAGAAGUUGCGCGAAUACUACGCCAAGCAUGGCAGACCGCUGCUGGACGACUACGUGCAGCGGGAGCUGAUUAAGCGGGAGCGGAUCGUGAUCGAAAAUCCCGACUGGCUCGUGGUGGUUCCGUUCUGGGCCGUGUGGCCCUUCGAAACGAUGCUCAUCUCGCGCAACGGCAACAAGCGCCUCUCGGACCUGACGGUGCAGCAGAUCAACAAUCUCGCGAUCGUGAUCAAGGAACUGACGACCAAGUACGACAAUCUCUUCAAGUGCUCGUUCCCGUACAGCAUGGGCUGGCACGGGGCGCCGACGGCGGAGAUGGCCGGUUCGGCCGAUGCGGACCGGCACUGGACGCUGCACGCCAUCUACUACCCACCGCUGCUGCGUUCGGCCACGGUGCGCAAGUUUAUGGUGGGCUUCGAGUUGCUUUGCCAAUCUCAGCGUGAUCUAACGCCCGAACAGGCGGCCGACCGGCUGCGGGGACUUUGUGGCAAACGGCACUUCAGUGCGAACGUUCUUUCCUGAACCGCGUCGGACUAUCUUAUCGCGCUUUUGAAGGCCUGAAUGCUCCUCCGACCGUAUUGCCGGCAGCAUAUUGUGUUAGAUAAGGGCUUAGUGUCUCAGUAGGUUUUUUGCCAAUCGUGGUAAAUAAAGUACAUAGUUUUGACUUUUUUUUAGUUAUGCGGAA